UCAAAACAAAUCUGGUCAAUUUGAGCAUCGGAAGACCUGAGAUGUACAGUACAGAUACCAGUACAAAUCUUACCUACGUGAUCUUAUUGUUACCCCCUUCUAUCUUACUUCAUCCUCGAAAGAAAGCAAGGAACCGAGACAGAAAACCACAAUUAUGACAGGCGGCCCAGCCGCGACCCAGCCCGCAGCUUCUGCGUCCCAUGCACCUAAAGAUCGGUGGGAAGACUCUCCUGUUGACCGUGAUGUUCUCAGGGCCCACGAGUACUGCACUCAACGAUGCCUGCUGGGCCUGCAGCGCCAUGGUAAGCUGGACGAGCAGUGUCCCAACGUCGAACGGCACCGAGUCAACGGCAGCACCCACCAUCCCACUACUGUGGAGGAGCUGGUGGAGCAGAUCCAAUUGGGACUGGAUCACAACCUGGAGCGAGCGAUGCCCAUCGUCGGGCCCGGCUACGGACGCCCUGCUCGCCCUGGUGGCUCCGGCGCCCCCUUCAAGGUCGUCUCUCCCCGGUUCGGAUACGCGGUGGUCGGAAAAGGAACCCUGUGUUGUAUCUGGCCGCGCCUCGAACGGGAGGCGGAUGUGUACACGCAAAUUCUGAUGGCAGCACAGGGGUCCGCGGUGCCCGUGUUCCUGGGCAAGAUCAACCUGCAGCAGCCAUAUGAGCUAGAAGGCUUCGGACGGGUUCGCCACAUGCUUUUGAUGGGCUAUGGGGGCGAGGAGAUCGGAAUGGUGACGACCGUGGAUGAAUGGGACAAGUACAAUCAUCAAGCCACGUCCGCUCACGAGAUCGAGGACCUCGGGGUUAUGCACAAGGACCUGGCGCUUCGGAACGUGCUGUGGAAUGCGGAGCUGGGACGGGUCAUGAUCAUCGACUUCGAGGCGUGUGAACUCGUGCUGGACCGGAUCGCCGAGCGGCCUGCGUGGGUGCCAGAGGAGCUGGCGAGUCGCCCGUCGCAACAAAUGUCUUUGGGUAGGUUCUCAAUCGAGUCUCGUGGGCACUGCAGAUUCCACCAGGUGUGCUGCCAUUAUGACCCGGACGCGACUUGUCCCAAUAGAAAGUAUGGCUUACCACCAUAGAACUUCGUCUCUGGGCGAUCUGAUUUCUAUUCAUUCAGGGUUGAUAGAUUAGUUUAGCCAGAUUUCUUUCUUCAUGUAAUAGAAUUCAUGUCUGAC